AUGGAUGAAAGAGCACAACUCAUACCAGCAGCCAAAUUAAUGGCUCAUCUGUCUUUAAUAGAUAAAGAAGAGAGAAUAGACAAAGAAACAAUAACUAUUCUAUCACAAUUCACUGAAAAGUACAUUAAUGAUAUACUAACAAGAUCUGCACUUUUAGCUAAACACAAAGGCAACCAAGUGGUCACUGCAGAAGAAAUUAAGUUUGUAUUAGAAAAAGAAUUUGAUUAUUUCAUUGGGACAGGAAACUAAAUUAAUUUUAUUUAUUUGGAUUAAUAUUAUUAAGUAUAACAGUAAAAUUAAUAUAAAUCAUUAUAUUUA